AUGGAGACCCAUCCUGCCACUUCGCGCUUGGUGACAUCGUUUGCGGCUAAGGAAUGUGUCCAUGCGCACAUCUCCGUCGAGUGGACAUACGAUACGAAGCUUGCUCAAUGCAUGACCUUACUGCGCGCGCAUCUGCCUGGAGACAUCGCCCCGUCGGCCACCUUGUCGAAACUCAGUGUGUCCGACUUGGUCCUGUCCAUAGAAGCGGCCGAGUUACAACACCCCCUCGUGGUUGUACUCUGCCAUUUGCAUCCGUCCGACGCGACGGCAUGCAUUCAAAACAUGUUCCAAUACCACCAGUCUUGUACCCCUCCGUAUGACCCUGCCAGAGCAACUACCCUCGAGGCAUUGGUGUAUGCAUCUUCGCUCUUUAUCGCGGCCUACACCCCCGCGGCCAAGGGAGCUCUGAAACAUCAACUCGAGAGCCUCGCGAGUAGCUCGUCGUGUCUCAUGUUGCAGCGCGCCAUUGCCACGUUGAGCUCCGACGCCAUCAUUCAACCAGCGUCCCCAACUGCAGUUCCUCAGUCGUCUGUCCCCCCACAUCAUCCCCAUGUCGUGGAACGAUUGCUCACGGCCAUGCAACACGUCACGGCAACGGACGCGAAUUCGGUUGCCGACAUCGCCACGGCGUGCGUGGCAUGCUGCGACCACCGCCAAUGCCUUCCAUCUUCGUAUGUCGUGUACCCCACCCACGAAGCUUUGCUCCAGUCCAUAGCCUGUGCCCCAUACAUCUCCACUACUCCGCCACCACCUACCCACGACACUGCCAUGCUUCAUGUACAUGACGGCGGCGCUCAAGACGACUGGCAUGCCGAACCCAUCCUCCAGCACGACCAAGCGCUGCAGACGUUCUCGAGGCUACUUACGGCAUCCCAUUGGUCCCGUGUCGACAUGCAAUGGCUGCGGCAGUACCUGGAAACCAUCGACGACGUCCACGUCCUGCGCAUGCACGUGGGCUGGGUCAUUCACCAGCAUCGCCAUCUUGUCUCUAUUUCUGCUACAGCUGCUUCUUUAGCAUGCAACAGCUCUGCCAUUCAAUCGCUCAUGAACUUUGUCACAUGUGCAACCCCGUCGCAUGCGCUUCUUCGAUGCGCGGCCUUCGACCCUAUCGCCGUGAUUGAAACGCUGCUACAGCAUGGCCUCCACACCCGUGAGAACCAACCCGUUUGUAUGGAUGUGCUGUAUAUGCUCGCGCCAUUCGUCCCACGAGGCCAACUGAUCGACGCAGUUGCGACGACGUUCUUGACCGCAUUCGCAACGUCUGCGACAGAGUGGCGAUCUGCGACAGACUGGGCUCGACGACUGAUCGACCCACAACAACACGACGACGGUGUCCUCAUCACCCUGCCAGAGUUUUGUGCGGCGUGUAUCGUUCCACUGGUGGUUCAAGAACCUGAGCGAAGGAAUGGAUGGCUGGUGGCACACGCGUUAGUCGUUGAUUCCACGACUAGUGCCAUCGCCUUCUCUCAAGCGGCGGACCAACUCACGGCGAUGCUGGAGCUGGCCGUACUCGAACUGCGACGUACUUGGGCGAUGCCAUCUCGAGAUGCAGUGCUAGCCUCAUAUGACCACAUCCAAGUCGUGCAAGCCAUUCUCCAAGCACUCGUUAAGCUUACAAAGUCCUUCCAACUAGCCGACGACAACCCUCCAACAUGGUCGCAUCUGGUCGACGUAUGCGACGACGUUCGACUGUAUCUCAUGCUCGCAAACGACGUCGACUUUCCGUGGUUGAAAUGUGCACUGGCCACCAAACAAGUUGAAUGGGCUGCACACAUUGAGCCCAUUAUAUGGGGCGCCAUAUUAGACCACCCAGAGUGCGUAGCUGCGUUGCCGGUGCUCCACCGCUGCUCGAUCGGCGGGCUGCCACGUCAUGAGCAAAGUGCAAGUCAGUUGUGGGCGUUGACGGCCACCACAUUUGCCAUGCACGUGGUGGCUCCCCAUACAAAUCUCGUCCAAUUCCAGCGCCUUGUGGCGGUGGUAUUGCCGCAGUUGGUCCCAGAACUUCCACGUGGCAGCAGCAGCACCACCACCACCCUCGUCCUACCUUCUAGUGUGGUGAAUGAGCAACAAAAGCAACAACAUGACGAGCUCGAAUUUGAAUGGACGAUGGCGUUGUGGGCAGUUCGAAGUGCGUCGGUGGCGUGCCACGUCACCCACCCCGUGAGCUGUGUACGACCGUUGAUCUGGGCUGUGGAACUUGUAUUGGGUGAAGCCACCUCGACGAUGGCGUCGCUUUUAGUGUGCAUUGGAGCGGUACUGGUAGUGCUAAACGACGAUGCGUUUAUACAUGACACGAUGCGGGAACAGGUGGCGGUGCUGUGUCGGCAGCUUAUAGUGGCAGUCCUGUCGACGGAUGAGGCAAAUGUGUCCAAGUUUGCGGCAAAGUACGUGGACUUUUGUAUCGACCAAGUGACCGAGAACGAGCAAAGACGGGCGUUGCAUCGAUUUGUGUCGGCACAACAACAGCAAAAGGCGAGAUCAUGA